AUGAGUGCUGCCGCCGACGACUAUUUCGGACCGCAGGUGAACGGUUAUUUUGACUUCACCGUCCUCUUCGAACAGAGCAUCCUCUCCAUACUCCCAACCGCUCUUCUCAUUCUGCUUGCUCCUAUACGCAUCACAUGGCUCCUUCGCAAUGAUGUACACGUUCGCUCCGGUAAACUGCUGUGGCUGAAGCUGGCCGCAAUCUCCGUGUUCCUAUGUCUCCAAGUCGUCCUCGUAGCACUCUGGGCCCUGCCCUCCACACCCAGCACGCGCACCUCGGUCGCAGAGAGCGUCUUGGGUCUGGUGGAAGCCGUCUCCAUCGCUGCGCUGUCGUACACCGAACACAAACGCUCCAUCCGGCCAUCAGCUCUGCUCGCCCUCUACCUCGUCAUCACCAUCGUACUAGACCUUGCGCAGGUGAGGACUUUCUGGCUUAGAGACGGCCUGACCGCCGUUGCGGGCGUCUUCACCACAUCCCUCGUCGUCAAAGUCGUCAUUCUCGCUCUCGAGGAAACCCCUAAACGCGUGCUCCUGCCCAGCAGCGAAAAGGAUGUGGCCAUCGAAUCGACCACGGGCGUCGUCAGCCGGAGUCUCUUCUGGUGGCUCAACUCUCUCUUUUUCCAGGGCUUCAGACUCCUCAUCGGCCUGGAGGAUCUCGGCGCCAUCGAUCCCAAGUUCGACUCGGCGCGUCUCCUGGGCAUGCUGGAUCGGUCCUGGGCAAAGAGCAAAAAGGACAGCAACUGGAGCUUGAUCAUUGCUACGUUCUGGGCAUUCAGGACCACGUUUCUCGCGGCUGUUCUCCCUCGGCUCCUGUUCGCGGGUUUUACUUUUGCCCAGCCACUGCUCGUCAACCGUAUCGUGAACUUUGUCGGCAGCCCCUGGACAGAUGAUUCGAAGAAUAUCGCGGCCGGUCUCGUCGGCGCGACUGCUUGCAUUUACGUCGGCCUCGCUGUCUCGCGCUGCUGGUACCAGCACAUGACUUUCCAACUCGUCACCCUCUUCCGCGGCGGAAUCGUGUCGCUCAUCUUCAAAAAGACCCUCGACCUCGACGCUUCGGCCAUCAAGGACUCUGCGCCUGUGACGCUGAUGAGCGUCGAUAUUGAGAACAUUGCCGUGUCAAUGACCUUUAUCCACGACGUCUGGGCCGCGGCUGUCGAACUUCCGCUCGGCGUGUACCUCCUUUACCGCCAAGUUGGCCCUCCUUGUUUUCUUCUGCUCAUCCCUGGAGUCGUCUGCACUAGUAUCACUACCAAGCUGUCCGCCCGUAUGGCCCCAGCUCGCAUCGCAUGGAACGCAGGCGUCCAGAAGCGCGUCUCCAUCACGUCGUCUAUGCUGAACCAGAUGAAAGGCAUCAAGAUGAUGGGCCUUACCGACUAUUUCUCCAGCAUAGUCCAGAAACUGCGCGUCACCGAGCUGAAGUUGUCAACCAAGUUCCGAAUCCUGGUCACCUUCCUCAGCGUAAUCGGUGGCGUAGCUGAGCAGAUCACGCCCGUCAUCAUCAUCGCCGCCGCCGUCUUCUGGACUCGCUCCGAGCAGGGCCUGAGCAUCGCCGAGGCCUUCACGGCUCUGUCGAUUAUCGUCCUGGUCUCCGGCCCGCUGAUAAAGCUCAUCUCGUCUAUUAUACAGCUCAUGGGUGCAUUCGGCUGCUUUACCCGUAUCCAAGAUUUCCUCCUCCUGGACGAGCUCGAGGACCAGCGACAGGUCCUCUCCAGCUCUGAAAAGUCCUCGCUAGAGUCCGCACGCCCGCCAUCAAGCUUUCACGGCUCAGAUCUACAGCCGCUAUCCGCUAAAGGCGCCGAGGUGUCGAACAGCAGCGCGGUCGAGCUUCAGUCUUUGAAUAUCACAAACAGACCGCCUUCCAUCAGCACAGGCAAUCCUAUUGUUAACAUCAGCGACGCCAAGUUUGCCCUGAAAGACGGGACUGAAAUUCUGAAAGAUAUCUCUCUCACCCUUCGCAAGGGCACCAUAUCCAUGCUUGUAGGCCGUGUGGGCUGCGGUAAGUCGUCCCUUCUUAAGGGUAUCUUGGGAGAACUGGGCAUCGCGGCUGGCACUGUGACUUUACACACCUCCUCCGUCGCGUUCUGCGAUCAAGCUCCUUGGUUACGCAACAUAUCCAUCAGGGACAAUAUCAUCGGCCAGGUCCCUUACGACGCUGCGUGGUUCACUGCCGUCAUACGAGCGUGCACCCUAGAUCAAGAUAUUGCUCUCUUUCCAAAGCGAGAGGACACUCUUGUCGGUACCGGCGGAGUCGCCCUGAGCGGAGGUCAGAAGCAGAGGGUAGCCUUGGCCCGUGCCGUUUACUCGCGCAAGAAGCUACUCCUCCUCGACGACGUGUUUAGCGGCUUGGACAACUCGACGUCGAAAGCCGUCUUUCAGCGUUUGCUGGGACCAGAUGGUCUUCUCCGCCAAACCGGCAUGACCGUCUUCCUGGCCACUAACCACGUAAACUUCCUCCCUGCCGCCGACUGCAUCACCAUGAUCGAAGACGGCACCAUACUUCACAACCAAGUCACCUUUGACUCUGUCCCGCGGUCCACUUGGGGCCACCUCGCCGAAGAAGUCAAAGGAAAAGAGCCUGCGGCGGACGACGAUGAUGACGACGAUAUCGAGGCACCCGAAAAGGACGCAACGCCCGCGAAAGCCGAAACCCCAGCUGUUCCCAACGCAAAGAUCACCGAAGCCGAGCUCACGAGGCAAAAGGGCGACACGGAAAUCUACAAACUCUACUUCAGCUCCAUCGGCUGGCGCAUGCUGGCCCCCUUCAUAUUCAUGGUCGUCCUGUUCGUGGCCACCACCAAACUCCCGCAGGUCUGGCUCCGGCUCUGGACGGAGAACGGCACAAACGAGCGUCCGGCAAUGUACUUUGGCGUCUACGUCAUGUUCUCCAUCCUAUGCCUCCUCAUGAACGCCCUCUCCCUCAGUUUCUGGAUGCUAAUCGUCAUCCCGCGAUCCGCAAAACACCUUCAUCAAAUGCUCCUCGACGCAGUCCUAGCCGCCCCCCUAUUCUUCUUCACGACGACAGACAGCGGCGUCACCCUGAACAGAUUCAGCCAGGACAUGACGCUAAUCGACCACCGCCUGCCCAUGUCGGCCUUCGCGACGCUGCACAGCCUCCUCAUGGUCGUCGCCGAGACGGCCCUCAUCGCGUCCGGCGCAACCUACGUCGCGGCGCUCAUCCCGCCGUCCUUCAUCGCCCUGUACCUCCUGCAAAAGUACUACCUCCGCACGUCCCGCCAGCUGCGCCACAUCGACCUCGAGGCCAAGUCGCCCCUCUUCACGCACUUCACCGAGGUCCUCGCCGGCCUGCCCACGCUCCGCGCCUUCUCCUGGCGGCCCGCAAUGCUGCGGGAGAGCCAGGCGCUGCUCGAUGCCUCCCAGCGGCCCUAUUACCUCUUCUUCUGCGUCCAGCGGUGGCUGAACGUCGUGCUGGACCUGUUCGUCGCGGGCAUGGCCUUGGUCCUGGUGGCGUUUGCGCUACACUUCAACAGCACCACGACAAAAGGCGCCAUCGGCCUCGCGAUGGUCAACAUUAUCAGCUUCAACCAGACUCUGGGCAACUUUAUCGAGAUGUGGACGUUGCUCGAGACGAGUCUGGGCGCCAUUACGAGAUUGAAAUACUUUAUCGAGUAUACGCCGCGGGAAGACCGCGAAGGCGAGAAUCACAGUCCGCCGCCUUCCUGGCCGGACGACGGAAAGAUUGAAAUCAAGAACGCCACGGCAUCCUACAGCGACGAAACGGACCCCGUGAUAAACAACGUGACUCUCACGAUCCAGCCCGGCCAGAAAGUCGGCAUCUGCGGCCGCUCAGGCAGCGGCAAAUCCUCCCUCCUCCUAUCUCUCCUUCGCCUCCUCGAUCUGGCACCAGGAAGCGACCUUUCCAUCGCCUCGCACUCUCUAACAGUCAUGCCCCGCAACAAGGUCCGCAAGGCGCUCACCACUCUCCCGCAGGAUCCUGUCCUGCUCCCAGGGACCGUCCGCGACAAUAUCGAUCCGGCGGGACACACACCCGACGCCGACCUCAUCACGGCCCUCCGCAAGACGCGUGUCUGGGAAACACUGGAAGCGCGCGGUGGACUGGACGCGGAGAUGUCGGAGGCUGGGUUGUCUGCGGGCCAGAACCAGCUGUUUUGUCUCGCGAGGGCGAUGUUGCAUCAUCGGAACGUUGUGUUGUUGGAUGAGGCGACGAGUAACGUCGACCACACCACUGACGGAGAGGUCCGAAAGGUGUUGGCGGAGGAGUUUAGGGAUGCCACGGUGGUGGAGGUGGCUCACCGGCUUGAAGCUAUAGUCGACUACGACGUUGUUGUUGUUAUGCACGAGGGGAAAAUUGUAGAGGUUGGGAAUCCGCGGGAGUUGUUGGAGAGGCCAUCCCGGUUCAAAAGUCUGUGGGUAAGUCGGGGGGCUUGA